GUCACUUCACUUCUGUAUAUUUUUUUAUUACCCUUCAUCGUUUUUCAGUUCCCUUCUGAAUUUUUCAAUAAUUUUGCCAUUUCCCUUCAGGAUUUUUGGGAUUUUCCCUUCAGGGUUUUUCUAUGGCACACAUUUUGUGACCUUCUGCAUAUUUAAAAAGUGGUGAAGGGAAUUUUUUUAGUUGACCUUCGCUAUUUGAAAAAACAGUGAAGGGAAAUUUUUGAUUAGCGUACCAGAGGUCUCUAUCUGUGUGACACGUUGUUGACGAAGUGUUGUUCGGUGAGUCAUCAAAUUUUUACACCUACUGUUUUUUGUCUUUGUUAAUUUCAUUUCGAAAAUCUACACCUCUCUGGGGAGGAGUCGAAAAAGUUUUUUGUUUGCAUCAGCAAUAAUUGAAGCUAGGAAUCAAAUAUGGCUACCUAUUUGCUGUGUGUUAGGAGCGAAAGCGAAAGUUCAGACAACAGCCUUGACAGCUUUUUGGAUAUGGAAAAUCUGGUCAAAAGAAUCGUGAGGGACGAAAUGCAGAAUAAAGAUGACCCUCCAAAUAAAAUAAAAAACAAACAAACAGAGACUCGACUUGGCAGCCUGUUGAAACGUAUUCGUACCUCAAACUCUGCUGAUGAUGUUAAAAAGGAAGGUAAGGAGAAGCAUGUUAAUGUCAAGUGGAAACGUGUAGAUUUGUUAAAAGGUACACACACAACUGUAACGCAAAAACACGGUGGUGGCCACCGCUUUGUUGUUGUUAAUGAUUUCGAUACUGUUGAAUCAAUCAAGGAAAAAGCCAUCAACCAUUAUUUUCCUGAAGGAACAAACUUCUUUGGUGAAAGUCGAAAUGAUUGUGAAAUUACCAUUAGAGAUGCAUCUGGUGUUGCGAUUGACGAAUCACUAACCCUCAAGGACUGCUUGAAAAAUCGAGGUGUCUAUAUAAGUAAAUUUUACUUUGUUUUACACACAAAAUAUGGUUAUUUUGAUUCAACCGUAUUCGAAACAGAUGUGUGUUCUGUAUGUUUUUGUCAAAUGGUUGGUGGGAUAUGUAGAAUCUGUUAUCCUUCUGUAUAUCAGACAAUAAGAAACAUUGAUCCAUUAGCAGCAUCAACCUCAAUUCCCUCAUCCAAUGACAUAGUAUUUUCAUCGUCUGUAGAACAAAGUUCAAUAAUUGAAGCUGAUCAUGAACCUUCAUCUGACCACCAAGGUUAUUUUGGUAGUUCAAAUGAUCUCUUUCAAAAUUCUGAUCACCAACAAGAUGAUCUUUUGAAUACAGAUUCUGGCACUUCGCAGCAUGAACCAACCGCACCUACACCAACUAACGAAGCACCAGUUACAGAAGUGCCAGCCGUACAUGCAUCAACAUCAACCACAGAAGCACCAGCCGCACAUGCAUCAACCACAGAAACACCAGUCGUACAUGCAUCGACUACAGAAGCACCAGUUGUACAUGCAUCAACCACAGAAACACCAGUCGUACAUGCAUCAACCACAGAAACACAAGCCGUACAUGCACCAACCAUUGACCUCACAGAGAGUGACAUAGAAAAGGAAGUUAUUGUUCACCGUACAAAUAUUCGAGCUGAUAUGGUGGAAGCAUUCAAAACAAUAACAGUACCUCAAAAAAUCAAGUUUGUUGUUAUAGAUGCACGAGGAGAAAAAGAAACUGGUAUUGGCAUAGGGGUUGAUCGUGAUAUAUAUUCUUCUGUUUGGCAGGACAUAUUAGAUGGAUUGUGUGUAGGACAUACAGAGCGUGUUCCAUUUGUACGACAUGAUUUUUAUUUAGAUGAAUGGAGUUCUAUUGCUACGAUAUUGGUGAAAGGGUAUUAUGACACAAAGUAUUUUCCUAUGCAACUAUGCAAGGCUUUUAUUAUGUAUUGUUUGUUUGGUAAUGUUCAAAAUGACAAUCUAAUUCAAUCUUUUUUGAAUUAUUUGACUCCAAUGGAGUCGAAGAUUGUUGAUGAUGCCCUCCAUGGAAAAAACAAUGGUUUAUUUGAAGAUGAAGAAUUCCUGGAUAUUUUGGAUCGAUUUAAUUGUAAAAGCCGUGUUACCAUAAUGAAUGUGUAUGGUGUGAUAUUAGAGAUCGCACGUCAAGAAUUGAUACAACGACCAUAUCUUAUGGUUUGCUCUUGGACAAAGUCAAUGAAUGUUUUAAGAGAUUUUCAGGAAUUUAGCACUUUCAAUGACAUCAAUUUGUUUUACAAAAAAAUACUUCCAACUAAUCGUGAAGUUGUUAAAAUACUCAACGCUGAACCAAAAAAUGCAGCUGAGAGGGAAUGUUUUGAUUACCUGAAGCAGUUUAUCCGUGGGUUGGAUGAAAUCGGACUUAAAACGUUCCUAAGAUUUUGUACAGGUUCAGAUGUAUUGUUGGUAGAAAAAUUAAGAGUAGAAUUUGUACCGUGUUCAACAGCAGCUAGGCGCCCGAUUGCACACACAUGUGCACCUAUGUUGGAAAUGCCUUCCUCGUAUUCUAAUUUCUGUGAAUUCAGGGCAGAAAUGCAUAACAUCUUAUCUGCAUCUAGUUGGAGCAUGGACAUUAUAUGAAUACAAAACAUAUGGACUUUGAGAUUUUUUGUUAUCAUUAUAUGUGUGAAAUAACUUGAAUAUAAGUUUUUUAUUUUGUUUAUAUUUCAUGAUCAAACGUAAACCGAUAGAUGAGCAUUGAAAAUUUUUAGCAUAUGUUCUCUCCUAAAAUAAUGUUGACAUACAGUAGGCUCUAGUUCACCUGGUUACUGGUUAACCUGUUUUUUUUUUUGCAUUUCAAACUGAGGUAUACUGAUGUUCACAGCUAUGUAUACAGUUAAAAAGAGGAUUUAUAUAGCAGGAUACAUCUGAUAUAAUAUGUUAUGUUCUAUAUGUUGCUUGAUAGUAUGGCACUUUUUGUUUGUAUUUUGUUAUUUUCAGAGGAUCGAUAGUUGUGUUGAAAAAAUGCUUUGUAACAUUGAAGAACAUUGAAUUUUUCUUUGAAAGGUAUGAAAAAUCUCUUUUCAGUAGAUAUCCUCAGAAAGAACUCCACUUGCUGUGAUUAACUGUUGAAUAAAAAACAUAUAAUGACACAAAAAA